UUGAAAAACCGAAUUUACAAUUUAAGUAUCUGCAAGAUGACGAUAUCAUUGAACAUGUACAAUUUACCUGACAUUAAAGCAUUCAAUGAGGUGUGGCAAGAGGCCAUUGUACGUCAGGCAGAAAAAUUAGGCCUGACAUCAUUUGAUUUGAAGCAGACGUGUGGUUGGCCGUUAGUUGCCGGGGAGCGAGGUUUAUACCAGGUUGUGGCAACACCCAAAUACAAGGCCCCCGGGUGUCGAGAUUACUUUUAUAGUUCUGCCGUGAUUGUGCGUAACGAAAGCGAUGUGUUCGAAAUCAAUGCCCUCCAAGGGAAGACAGCCGCAGUGAACAGUUUGGGAUCUUGCUCAGGCUACCUCUUACUUCACGUAGCUCUUGGGAGAACAUUGGCCACCACCAUUAACGUUUGUACCACGGGCGCUCACGUUCAAUCCAUUCAUGCCGUAGUCUCCAAGAAAGCAGAUUUCGCCGCAAUAGAUGCGGUUUCCUUGGCGUUGUUCCAACGAUAUCAUCCAGCAGAGGCGGCUCAAGUCCGCAUUCUCACGUUUACUCCGGAGUUUCCGGCCUUGCCUUAUGUCACUCCAGCUACGGAAUCCUUGGAGAACAUUAAACUCCUUCGACAAGCUCUGAUCAAUGCUGCAUCCGAUCCAAACGUGGAACUGAAGCAAGCAAGAGACGCCCUACUCAUAGAUGGCUUCGAAACGAAUGAUAAGAAAAUCGGAUUUCACAUGUAUGACCAGCGUGCCCAACAGAUUUUGUCGGAAAUUACCACGGAUGAUAGUGAACAAGGCCAAGGACCAACGAAACCAAUUCCAACAGAUGUAAAGGCUGAGUUGAAAAGCCUGCAAGUGCCAAAUGAUACUGAAUAUGUUAUGGCAGCAAUCAAAGCGGCUUUGGCCAAUCGGCAACCUCUGGCAGAUUUCACGUUGGAGGAUUCCCGUUCAGGACGGGUUGUUUUUCCAGGCGAUUUGGAUGACGCUUUUGCCACGGAUCCUCAGUUGGUGAGGGAUUGCACUGUGUUCAUCGGAGAAAGACCCAAGUUAGUGGAUAGAUGUACCAAUGAUAAUGAAAUCACGGCUGAGUGUUGGGCCGUCGACAAAGCCAUGACUGGCAAUCUGGAUCCAAGUAUCGUUUGGUUCUACUUGUCGAUGGAGAGGAACCCCGGUGGCGACUAUUUCAACUUGGUUGUUUACAAAAAUGGGAAAUCCGCGGAACAUAUUCGGCAAAAGCAAGACGAUGCACAUCAAAGAGGAAUCCGACAUGUUGCCCCUUUUUAUUACAAUAACGUGCGGAUUCAUCGAUGCUUGGUCACUUGGAACAAGGUGUCUUUCUUGCAAACCAUUGCUGCUCAAUACUAUAAAGGCAAUACUUUAUUUCGUAAAACAUUCAAAUGGGCCGAGAAUAAAUGAAUUGUGCAACA